AUGAGUAAUAAUGGCUUGGUACGUAUGCCAACGUUAGAGAUGACCUCACGACAUCGAUUAGCGAUGGAAGUGAUCGAUUUCUCUUACAAUCAUAUCGAAUAUCUCGGUGAUGGUCAACUACGUGCGAUUCAUGCUAAUAAAAUUUGUCUUAGCAAUAAUGAUUUGCGUGAAAUUGGAAGUCAUAUAUUUGCUAAUUGUCGAGUUUCAGUGCUAGAAUUGAAUGAUAAUAUAGAACUUAAGCGUCUUUCAAUCGACACUUUUGCCGGUAUAUCAUUCAUCAAACAUCUUGAUCUUUCACGUACCGGUAUCACAGAACUUCCAACAACCGGCCUAUCUCGUUUAGAAGGCCUAAAAUUAGCGGAUACGGAAGAGCUCAAAAAACUACCACCAAUUUUGGCAUUUACGUCAUUGAAGAAAUAUGCCUCAAAAGAAAUCAGUACAGCUGGUGAAAUGUAUACGAAAAAUCUUGAAGAAAUUCGAAAUCGUGAAUGCUCCGCUAAAUCAACAUCAAAAUUAAAUCGUCGUCUACGACGACAAUCUACUCGAAAUGAACGUUCAAUAUUACUACCGCAAGAAUCACGAGAAAAUCCGCUGGAUUUUUCUGAUUUGUUGCAAUGGUUUGAUUCUGUUAAUGCUGGUAAUAUUACAAUUGAGAUUGAUGAUGAUUGGGAUACAUUAUUGGAGCCUGAAUUUGAAGAUGCCGAUGUUGGCCUUCUGACAACAUUUAAUUGUACAUCGAACGCUGUCACUGAUUUCUUUGCUUCCAUUCAAUGUACACCGAUGCCAAAUGCACUGAAUCCAUGCGAAGAUGUUAUUGGAUAUGACUUUUUACGUUGGGCAAUAUGGUUUGUAUGGAUUUCGGCUAUUGUUGGUAAUGUUGGAGUAUGGAUUGUGUUGUGUCAAAUUAGACAAAAAAGAAUGCAAGUACAUUAUUUCUUCAUGGCUAAUUUAUCAACGGCAGAUUUACUAACGGGUGUUUAUCUUGGUAUACUGGCAACAGUUGAUUAUAAGACUUCAAAUGAGUAUUAUAACUAUGCGGUAGCAUGGCAAACCGGUAUUGGUUGUAAUAUAGCCGGUUUUAUUUCUGUUUUUGGUUCCGAAAUUUCAAUUAUGUCAAUGUUUCUGAUUGCAUUUGAUAUGUGCUAUAAUAUCAGGAAUGCCUUUUACGGAAAACGUUUACGGAUGAGAACUGCUGUAAUGAUGAUGAUCGUAGCAUACAUUAUUGCAUUUACGAUGGCAGUAUUACCAAUUAUAGGUGUAUCCACGUAUACAAGUACCAGUGUAUGUCUACCUCUUUCAAUUGAGGAUAAUUUUGAUCGGAUGUAUGUAAUUGCCAGUUUGUUGUUCAAUUUGCUUGCAUUUUUGGGUAUGGCUAUUAGCUAUAGUUUUAUUGGUAGAAUGCUUUGUGAUCCCGAGCAACCGAAACGAUCAGAAGAUAAAGCAAUCAUUUUAAAAAUGGCAACAUUAAUUGGUACAGAAAUGCUUUGCUGGUUUCCAACCCUUUUCUUCGGUUUUACAGCAGCGUUAGGACAUCCACUCAUAAGUAUCAGUGUGGCAAAAAUAUUUUUAGUAAUAUUUUAUCCAAUUAAUGCAUUUACAAAUCCAUUUCUUUAUGUUUUUCUUACAAAAAUCACUCAUAUGCGACCAUGUUUGACAUCAUUCCUAAAUAAGAAAACGUCAAAUUCCUCUAAUAAAUUGCAGAAGAUGUACGACGACAAGGCUCAUUGUUGGAUUUACGAAAGGCCUUCAAGAAUUACAAUGUAUAUAGGCAUGUUUCCGCUUAGCUGCACUUAUCAUUCAUUUAUUUGAUCGCUACCAUCGUCAGUAUUCCAGAAGGAAGAAUCAAUACAUUCAAGUAUGAAAUUUGAAAAACGACCGCUAAUCUUUGCUGCAAAAUUGCGAACUUCAGCAGUACCACAGAUGACUGAUAUUUCAGAACACGUUACAUUAGAAAAUAAUAUCAUACAAGAUUCGCUAUCGCAUACAUCAUCAAAUUUUUUACAACAAAAUUUACCAAUCGAGAAAAAAACUUCUGUAGUAUUAUCAAAACAUCUACAGAAUCGAAGAUCAAGCAUUCGAAGUAAUGGUAAAGAUAGUGGCCGUGGUAGUUUAACACCACCGAUUACAUCACAUCGUUUUCAAUGUUUCCCAAAUGAAUCUGCAACUUAA